AUGCGCUUCAAUAUAGGUUUAGUAAUAUUUCUACAAUUCGUUGGUAAACAAGUGUGCCAAACGGCUCGCAUAUUGUCUAUAUUUGGUUUUGAAGGUCCAGCACAAUAUGCAUUUCUUGAACCGCUUCUACUUAAAUUGGCUGAACGUGGACAUUAUGUCACUUCGAUUACAAAUUUCAGACAAACUGCAGAACAUACAAAUUUGCGCUCCAUUGUAAUAGAAGAGAAUUUUCAGUUAAAUGGAAAAGUUCGACAUGCAAUAAGCAAAGAAAUUGGUUUGGAUCAUUUCAAUAAUAUGAGUGAAAUGUUCACAAUUGGCUUUCAAAUGUGUGAAAAUAUUCUUCACAAUGCUUUAAUACGUGAUCUGAUGGAAAAUGAAUCAUUCGAUUUGAUUUUGCUGAAUUUAUUGUUUUCGGAAUCCCUAUACGGACUGGCACAACAUUUUAAUGUUCCACUUGUGGGCAUAUCGACAAUUGGAUCAUGUGCACCUCUAGAUAGUCUGUUCAGAAAUUCGGCACCUCUCUCAUAUGUUCCCAGUGUUAUGUUGGAACAUCUGUUUGAUGAAAAUAUGAGCUUUUGGCAGAGAUGUUUAAAUGUGGCUCUAUGUGUGCUAGUUACAUUGUACCAUAAUUACGAAAUGAUGCCAUUGAAUAAGAAAUAUUACCAGUUACGUUUUCCCAACGCUUCGAAAACUGUGGAAGAGGUACAAAAGAAUAUAUCAUUGAUAUUAUUGAAUGAUCAUCAUGCCAUAAGUAAACCAAAGCCAUAUUUACCAAAUAUGAUUGAAGUUGCUGGGUUACAUAUUCCCGAGGUACCAGAACCUGUAGCUCCCCAAAUUCUUAAAAUGCUUAAUGCCGACACCCAUGAAAAAGGUUUCAUAUAUGUUGCCAUAGAAGAACAUUUUCCAGAUAAUGUGAUGCAGAAUAUUUUAAAUCAAUUUGGCAUGGUGAAAUCAAUGAUAUUAUGGAAUUCCCCACAAUAUCCAUCUGCAGUAUUGCGCGUGCCCAGCAAUGUGUACUUCUUUAGGAAUCUAUCUCACCAUGGUAUUCUCAGUCAUCCAAAUUGUAAAUUAUUAAUAUCACACGGAAGCUACUUAAGUGUUAUCGAAAGUAUUCACUAUGGCAUACCAAUUCUGGGUUUAAAAAGUCCGCACAUUAAAACUGGAGAAAAGUUUAAUUAUGUUGAAAAAAUCAGUACCGGAAUUUCAUUGAAAAUUGCAGCAAAGUCAUUACAAGACCAACAAAUCUAUAAGGCCAUACAAAAAUCAUUUCAAUUCCGUGACAGACAAAACACACCAAUGCAGACGGCAAUUUAUUGGUUAGAAUAUGUUUUGAGGCAUAGAGGUGCCCCGCAUCUCAUCCACUUGGGACAUAAUUUGAAUACAUGGCAAUUUUAUAAU